GCCCUCCCUGCUGAGUUGGUGCUCAGGCUGACUUCCUGCUCUCAGCUGUGGGCCAGAGCACUCAGUCUGGAAUCCUGUGAGGAGACCCAGGAUCAGAGCUCUCCCUCCCAGGCCCUGGCAAGAGUUGGAAGAGGGAAAAUAGCAGCUUCAGCACCAGGAUGUCCACAGAACAGGAGAACACAGAGGGGAUUCCCUUUGAAACUCUAUUUCCCCACUUCAAACGAUAUAAAGUGGCAAUUUCACAAGCAAUAAAAAAGCCAUUUCCAUUUCUUGCAUUCCUCCGUGACAAUGAACUCAUCUCCGAUAAAAUGUAUCAGGAUUUUCAAGAUUCCUGUACAAACCUGGUCCCUGUAGAACAAGUGGUCUACAGAGCCCUUGAGGAACUGGAGAAGAGACUUGACCUGGUGGUCCUGGGGGUACUGUUCAGUGAAGAAAAUGUGAAAGCGUACCCUGAUUUGGAACACAUUCUCCAAAGCUUUCAAAGUGUCUUACAGAACAAACUGUGUUCCCAAGGAAGUGACAGAGGAGACCCGAACUCCCAGUUAAGUCUUGACCAAGUUCUGAGUUUACCUGAAAAUGAGUUCUCAGAAGACCUCUAUGGAAAAGAACAGACUGACCAAGGGAGAAGAGACACCACUGGUGACAACACUGAUGGACUGGAAAGGGACCAAGCAGCCAUGCGUCAAGGCCCAGACUCUGAGCCAGAGGAGUCCUGUGAACUAGAAGUCCACCAGAGUAACAGCGAUGCACCCAUGGAGCCUCACAGCCCACAGCCCUGGGAUGAAGAAAGGCCACAGCUACGAACCCAGGGAACCCAAGUUUAUCCAGGCUCCAUGAACUUGGGAGACAUAAAGCAGGAAAAUUCAUCAUUUGUCUUGAAUGGUGAGGAGACCCAAGCAAGUAGCAGCCAUAAUCAGGCAUCUGAGGCCAUGGACCUCAGCAUUGAGGAUUCUGAUGGUGGAAUCAACUGCUCGGAAGAAUCCACCUCUGGCAUCUGCCAGUCAGCAGGGGUACUCAGCCACGGAACCCAAAUUACACCCUGUUCUGUGCGUCUGGUAGAUAUAAUGCAGGGAAAUUCAUCAUUUGCCCCGGACGGUGAAGAGACCGAAUCAAGGACCAGCUACGAUCAGGCAUCUGAGAUCAUAGACCUCAGCAUUGAGGAUUCUGAUGAUGGAAUCAACUACUUAGAAGAAUCCACCUCUGGCACCUGCCAGUCAGACAUAAUGCAGGAAAAUUCAUCAUUUGUCUCGGACGGUGAAGAGACCGAAUCAAGGACCAGCUACGAUCAGGCAUCUGAGACCAUAGACCUCAGCAUUGAGGAUUCUGAUGAUGGAAUCAACUACUUAGAAGAAUCCACCUCUGACAUCUGCCAGUCAAGUCCAAGAAUUCGCAGACAAUUCAAUGUGAAUUUUGUCUGUCCUGAGCUUCCGGUGACCUGUGGUACUGCUAAGGGGACUCUGUAUAAGGAGAAAUUUGAGCAAGGCACUGGUGAAAAGAGUAUACUGAGUGAGACUGGAGAAUGGCUAACUCUCAGGGAGUUUGAAAUCAAAGGAAACCGUGGAAAUUCCAAAAAGUGGAAGCAAAGCAUACGUUGCUAUGGAUGGCCCCUGAAAGAACUGAUAGAGGUAUUCUGGAGGCAGAUAGCUUCCAUGGUUCCUGGGAUGGACAUCUACCAGACCUACCUGGGAAAAGAAGAAAGAGCCAGAAGUUUGACAAUCUUGGAGUCACUGUAGGAAGCCAGUUUGAGAAGACUUUUGAAAGAACUUUAUCAAUCAACAACACAGGGGAACCUCAAUCGAGUAACAACCACAUUGUUUUGUUAACUUAGCCCUUUCUAUUCUCUCCACUACCCAUCCCUCCAGCAGUCAACAGCACAGUGCUCAGAGAGUCCACUGUCCACUCUGCCUUCCAUGCAUACACCCUGCCACGCUUCUGUUUUUGACUUUCUAUAUUGUCCUUCCUGUUCAGUUAGACUCCUAAAUAAAACUUAACACUUGCAAUGUACAUCACAGUAGUGAACUGUCAGGUGCUGAGGGAGCCCACUGAGGACAUGAUGACUCUGGAAGCAAGAUCAUACUACUCCCCCAUUUUAAACCCUAGUAUGUUUGUCUCCAAAUGUCCUCCAAAGCAUCUUUUCUAAAGAUGGCCUGGCCUCUCUAACUCAGUGGCUGGACAGAGAAACCAGCAAAACAGGCCAAGAGUGGAAACACUGUCUUGUGAACAGCUAGAAGUUGAACCAUUUCUAACAGACAUUACACCUGUUUACCCUGACUGCUCAGCUUCCACAGACAGCUUCUGCUGGCUGCUGUGAGCAUCCAAUUUGAUGAUGUUACCUCUCUCUUGCUGUUUACUCCUCAACCUGGAAGCCUCACCAGACACUAACUCUGCUCUGCCCUGGAUUCCAAUGGGAGCUCUGCCACCCCCUCCCUCCACCUCUACAUGACUUCCCCGUCAGUUCCCCCUGGAUAUUUCAAGCACACUAUUAAUGAUAUUUUGUUGUUUUUACAUUUACUCUUUUGCUUUGGCUUGCUACAUACUUAAUAAACUCACUCAUUCAAAACUGAAA